GAUGGUGUGGCUCUCUCUCUGUGGCAGUACGUAUCAAUAAAUUUUUGGUCGACGAAUUUAUUGGGAAAAUAUUGGUAUUUGCUGAGUAGUUUGAGCCAGUUGCAUUAAGUUGUUGGAGGAAACCAAAAGUGCCUUCAGGAGAGCUCGUAGAUUUUUUUUGAUAUUCCCAAAAGUUAACUGAUCGAGUAAAAUGUUUUCAAUUAAAUUUAUUCUUGUUUUGAUUGCCAGUGCAACUAUUUCAAUUACCAGUGCUGUAGAAGAAAAGAUUAACGUUUUAGUCUUAUAUGAAUCACUUUGUCCUGACAGUAUUCGUUUUAUGAAAAACCAAUUAGGACCCAAUUAUGAUUCAUUAAAAGAUGUUAUCGAUGUAACAUUAGUGCCAUUUGGAAAAUCAGAGAGCGUAAAUGAUGGAGCUCAGUUCUUCUGUCAACAUGGUCCAGCUGAAUGUGAAGGCAAUCGUAUGCAAUCAUGUGUUCUACAUGAAACCACCGAUCAAGAGACUCAAGUUAAAUUUGUCGUUUGCCAAAUGAGUGGUCAAUAUGAAUCUUCUAACCAAUAUUGUGCUCAAUCAGUUGGUCUAUCAGGGGAUAUUAAGGAAUGUAUGAAUACAGAACUUGGAACACUUUUGCAGUUGGAAGCCGAAAAAAUAACUCAGUUAUAUGCUCCUUCUUUUGUUCCAACUAUUAUCUAUGAUGGCAAAUUUGAUCAACAGUUACAGGACAACUCUCUAACAAAUUUCAAGGGUGUAGUUUGCAGUCUUCUCCAGAAACGUGGUUCUAUUGCAUUUAAUACUGUUUGUUAAAAAAAGUUUGAAUGUUUACAAUAUACGAGUAAUAAUUACAAACAAAAUAUAUUUACA